UUCCUCCUCCAAGCCAUCCGACUCUCCGCUCUGCGCAACUGUGACGACCCCUUGACCCCACGUAUCAUCUCACUCGAUCCUACCUUCUCCGUCAACCCUUUUAUCGCAGCUUCUGGUCUGGCUCAUGUCGACCGCUGGCCCGAGAUCAAACGCGCCCUCGACUCGCCCCCUCCCUCACCUACCGACGACUCAGUAGAAGGUGGGAUACGGAAUCGUAGACGAGCAGCUUCGGAACGUGAUGCUUCUGACGUUCGUCCUGGAGGAUUGAGAUAUACGCAGACUAUCAUACCUGCCGGUAGGACAGGUGGAGCUGGUAUGCGAGUGACUGGACGAAGGCUCGAAGCGAGAUUAAAUCAAAGGGAGCGAGCGAAUUCAUCUUCAAUAGCUCCACCGUUAUCUCCAACAUUGGAAAAAACACCUACCAAUAUUCAAGGCUUCGAAGGGAACAUGCUACAUCAAGGUAGACCUAGGUCAGAUUCAGCACCGGCUCCUUCGUCUGGAAUGACUCAAAGAGGCCAAUCCGUUCCGGGUAAUGCAAACUUGGCGGGUCAUCAACUGGUUGGCAUGAUGGAUGAUAUGGAACAUGAACACGCAUUGAGUGUCUCUAUCGAUGGGGAAUUCAUGGAUGAUGAUGAUAUCACCGAAAAUUCUGCUGUGAACGUCAGGAUCAAUGAUGACGCCUAUGAAGGAGAACCAAAUUCUGUCGGGAUGGCUAAUAGCGCUCGUCCUCGAGAUCUUGGUCUUGCAGCGGUUAAUGGAGCUGGUUUAGGUGACGCAAUGGACGAAGGGAGUGACGUUGAUGAAGACGAAUAUGAUGAUGCUCAUGAAAUGCCAGUGGAUCGACGGAAAUCUGUCGCCGCUCUGAUUCAAGACCGACCAUCGUCCAUGGCUACCGACGACGCAGAAGUAGAGCAAUUGGAGUUCAAACCGGUCUCCCUACAGAAUAGCCCCGGGAAGAAAGCAUCUGCGUUGACAGCAGCUCUGAACAAACAUAUCCCACAUUUAGUAUCUACAGCAAAUGCCAUGGCGGAAUUCACCCUCUCCAACCCGUUUACAUCGCUAUACGCUUCAGUAGCCGCACCAUCAAACGCACCUUCCGUAUCUCUCGAAUUAUACUAUCCUCAUUCGAAACAAGCCACCAAACCUCUCGUGGCUCGCGUUCGUAAAGACGCCACUGUUGAGGAGACGAUAGGCCAUGGAUUGUAUAGGUAUUGGGAAGAAGAGAGAGAACCUAAGUUGAGCGAAGAUGAUGGCGAGCAUAAAAUGUCAACUGUCGGCUGGGGUUUACGUAUCGUGGAAGAUGAUGGAGAAGUGGAUGAGGAUUUCCCUCCACUGGACAGAGAAGGCCAGAUCUCUAAAUUUUCUUACGGUCAAUUCGCCAUAGUCGAAGCUACAGAAGCGCAAAUUCGACAAAAUCUCGCCAAAGCACCCCAUAUUCAACGUCGACCCUCUCGUGUCAUCGCUGGGCCCUCACGUCUUCGACCUCCAGCGCCGAGUCGACCAAAUCUCACUAAACACCCAUCAGCGGACGCUUCGGUCACUUCCCUUUCUUCGAAUGAUAUGUCAGUCAUUGGGGGUCCGAGUCUCAGUUCCACAGGUUUGAAAGGGAGUGUUGGGUUGAGUUCUACACUGAGCAAACCGGUAUUACUGAGAGUGAGAGUAGCGGCGAGCGCAGACGUUCACUUUACCACUACUAUCAGUGUUCCCUCCGACAUGUACAUAGCCGACCUCACCGAGGUUUUAUGCAAGAAGAAACGGCUUCAGUCUCCCUCAUCAGAUUGGGUACUCUGUCUCGCCGACCUCUCUAUUGCUCUUCCUCUAGACCGAACGGUCGCGUCUUUGGAAGGAAAGACAGAUCUAGCUCUUGUGCGACGACAAUGGGCGGUGGAACAUGGUCUCCGGAUCGGAGAUAGAAGAGGUGGAGAUCCCAGCGCGUCCAUCUUUAAAAGACAAAGUGAACCGGCACCAUUGCAGAAGUUCGGUCCGGGAGUCGCGGACUUUACUCAGACAUAUAAGAAAUAUGUCGUACAGCGUAAAAUAGCUAUAGGACGACAUGAGAGGGUACUUGCUAUCGAUGGUGAUUACAUUCAUGUGAGUUUUCUCAGGUUGUCUGCGCCCCUCUCCACUAGACCCUACCCCUAUGUUCACACAACUUUCGACAACAUCCGCCGCUCCUCCCUCUGCGAUAUUGUCCGGCAGUCGUUGAGGGAGAGCUAG